AUGAACGGCGCCAUGCGUAGCCCCGUCAAGGCACCAUCUCGGCUGUCCGAUAGACCCUCGUCACGACUGAGUGUGGAUGAUGACUCCUCGUCGUAUGGACGGCCAUCGGACUUCCGCCGGCCGCUCUCGUCGGAGACUCAAGACUUGAAGGAUCAGAUCAAAAGUCUAGAGAAGCAGCUUCUGGACCGAGAUAAGCAGCUCGAUGAGCAGUCGGGGACUUUGACCGAGUUCCAAAAGACAUUGGAGGAGAUGGAGGGAUCGGAGGGUCAGUCGCUCCGUACACAGCUACGCGAACGCAACGAGCGGAUUAACCAAUUAACGGCGGAAUUCGACGUCCACCGCGCAGACUUCAGAAGCACCCUCGAUACAUUGGAGAUCGCAGCCUCCGAAACAGAACGCGUUUACGAACAGCGUAUCGACGAGAUUAUGCAGCAGAAUAAAGAACUGCUGGACCGCGGCGAAGAUGUCGAGGUUGUUGCGCAGCAGCUCAAGCAGUUGGAAGAGCUUGUUUCGGAGUUAGAGGAAGGCCUCGAGGACGCUCGGCGUGGAGAGGCCGAGGCUCGGGCCGAAGUCGAGUUCCUCCGCGGUGAAGUUGAACGCACCAAGUUGGAGCUGAAGAAGGAGCGUGAUCACUCUGUCGCUGCGCUGAAAGAUGCACAUGCUGCCGCUGACGGACCUCGAAGCAGUAGUGAAUUGGACCAGAAGGAUGAUGAGAUUCGAGGACUCAAGGCCAUCAUUCAUUCAUUGAGUCGCGGAAACCCCAGCGCGGCAGGUUUGGGACAGAACGGCUCUGCAGAUCAUGAUCAUAAUCCGGAGCACGUUAGUCAGCUCGAGAUUCGACUGCAAGAGGUGGAAGAAACUACAAACCGCAAAGACAAUCGGAUCGAAGAGCUAGAGCGUCAACUUCAAGAAAUGCACCUGCAGUCUGGUAGUCGUCGCCGCAGCUCUACCAUCACUCUUUCACCAAAGCAACACAGGACCUCGCACUCUGCGGGUAAUAUCUCCAAUCACUCAAACAACCCCAACCCCAACCCCAAUCCCAACCGUCUUUCUGACCGUACAGUGGUCCCGACCGACUGGCACGAUGCUCCUUCGGAGCCCCGCCACCACCGCGGUAUCUCCAACUCUUCUCUAUCGCGACUGGAGACCAUGCAUGAAUCUGAACGCUCUUCCGACGAGGACACCAUGUGGUGCGAGAUCUGUGAAACAGGCGGCCAUGACAUCCUAAACUGCACCAGCAUGUUCGGCUCUGGCCAGAACGCCAAGAACCUCAAACAUGAUGCUGCCGAUGAACUUUCCGAUGAACACCCAGUUGAGAAGACCGAACCCCUCCAGACCAAAGCCUCAUCCAUUAAUUCCGAUACCCCCCUGCACUAA